AACUUUCAUUUCGUCAUCUUCUUCUUUCUCCUCAUCCAUGUGCUACUUUUCUUUGUCUUGUGGAACUAGAAUUUUCAGUUCUCUUUAAACCAAUUCUCACUAGUUUCUGUGUUGAUAUCGCCAGCAUUUUGCGUUCUGGUUUGCUACAGAUCGAGUCUCUGGUGGUUCUGGUACUGUUUCUUUUUGAUUUAUUCGCAUCCACGUGAUUUGACUUGGUUUAGUGAAAUUUGAAAGCAUAUUUGAGGUCUUUUUGUUAGACUGUGAUUUAGUUUCUCUUUUGUUGCAUUUCAAUGGUGUUGAAGGAGUCAUCUGGGUUUGAGAAGAACUUAGAUCUGGGUUUGAUUUGGAGAGGAAGAAGAAGGGAGAAGAGAGAGAGAAAGCAUAAGAAGAAGAAAGAAGGAUGGGCAAGGAAGAAGAAAGGAGGAAGGAGAUGAGGUUUGAGAGAGAACCCAAAUCUAGGUACUAAUUUGAUUGUCCUAAGAGUAGAAUUUGUUAUUGAUGGGACGAACCAAAAGAAGUAACCCUAUGGACCCUCAUGCACAGAGGGCAAAAGGUUUUCAGGGAAGGUGCAAGGGGCAAAGGAUAGUACAGUCUCUCAGCAAGUCAACGUUGAACCCAAAGCUUCCUUCCCUUCCUUCUCUUCCAAAAUACAUAAACACCACAAACUACAUGAAAGAUGAGGAAGCACCAGCUCUUGAAGAUGCUGAAGUUCUUGAUGAGGUGGAAGAAAAUAAGAAACGCCACUUGAAUGUUGUGUUCAUUGGUCAUGUUGGUAGGUGUAUGGCAUAUCUUAUGGACUCUAAUGAAGAGGAGAAAAUUAAGGGUAUUACUGUGGAAGUUAGAAGAGCACGCUUUGAGACUGAAAAUACUAGGUUUGCCAUUUUGGAUGCACCGGUAAGCAAUUAUUUUGAAGCUAAAACACCAUGAUUUUGUAUUUUUUAAAUGAUUUCCUGUCUUCAUUAUUUAAUUUUUGUUUGAUAAGGUUAUAAGUUUUAUCUAGUUUAUUGCUUUUGUACAUCUGUAUUUUGUGAAUUAUGAUAUGAUUCUAUGAGGUUGAAAAAGAUGAGGGAUAGAUGGGAGGGAUAGUUUCUAAUUAAUGCUUAAUAAGCUGUACAAUCUCAG